AUGAGAGAUGUAUUAGCAAUCACAAAUGAGCUCAAUAAAUGCUUACAAAGAAAGGAGCAAGAUGUUGCAAAUGCCAUGCUACUUGUUGAAGUAGCAAAGAAAAGGUUGCAAGUUUUAAGGGAUGAUGAAUGGAAUUCUCUUAUUGCUAAGGUAUCUAUAUUUUGUACCAAACAUGAAAUUUUGAUACCUAACUUUGAGGAGCCAUAUGUUAGCUCUUUAAGAUCACAGCGAAGACUUGCUCACUAUACAGUCUUACAUCAUUACCGUGUUGAAGUGUUUUGCAAUAUUAUUGAUUGGCAACUUCAAGAGCUUAAUGAUCGUUUUAAUGAGGUAGCUACUGAUUUGCUCCAUGGAAUUGCUUGUUUGAAUCCAAUUAACUCGUUUUCAAGUUUUGACAGCAAAAAAAUAAUGAGGAUGGCUGAAUUAUAUCCAGAUGAUUUUGAUGAAUUUAAUAUGGAUACUCUUGAGAAUCAACUUGCAAGUUACAUUGUUGAUGUUCGUGAUAUUGAUGAAAGGUUCUAUGAUCUAAAUGGACUUUGUGAUCUUUCCAAAAGAUUAGUCCAAACAAAAAAACAUUCAAAUUAUCCUCUGGUGUUCCGCUUAGUGAAACUUGCUCUACUUCUACCAGUUGUCACUGCAUCCGUUGAAAGAGCUUUCUCGACAAUGAAGUUUAUCAAGAAUGACUUGCGAAGUCAAAUGAGUGAUGAUCUUUUUAGUGGUUGUUUGGUGCCUUUUGUAGAAAAAGAUGUAUUUGAUAGUAUUCCUAAUGAUGCUAUUAUUAAGACAUUUCAAGAUAUGAAACCUCGUAGAGUUCAUGGAGGGCAAACAACAUGGUGGCUCAAUUCAUGGGGACCAUGCCACAUUCGUGAUGCCCGCAAUCACAGAAUUCCAUAUCGUGAGGGUGGAGAACUGCCUCUUGGUCAUGAUCGCGAGGCCCUUGAUGCAGUCACUGGAGAUUUUUUUGUGUUUGGGAAGAAGAGAUUCAUCAUGGCUUUUAUUUAA